ACCGGUUGGAGAUAACACGCAGCAGCUUGGCCUAUUAUAAGUGUAAGGAAUGCCACACGUACCUCUUGCUUCACAGUUACUUGUUACUCCAACUCAGUGAGACGGGCUGCUGAUUUCUAAUUCUCUUGUUCCUGAGUGUUCGUUCAGAAUUUGGAAAUUAUUGAGAGGCCUCAGGUUCUAUUCAUUUUGAUACAGCGACAAAGACAGUAAUGGCGGAGACCUCUCACGACAAUGUCAAAGAAAAGGUGCAGGCUGUGCGAGAAGUGGUCCCCGGCAAGAGCAACAAUGAGGUGGUCCUUGUGCUACAGUACUACGACUACAACGUAGAGAGGGCCAUACAGGCUUACUUAGAAGAUGGUGCCAAAGAAGCCCUAAAGGAGUGGAAUUUCACAGGGUCAAAGCAGCCCAACAAGAAGAGAAAGAACAAGAAGAAGGGAGCGGGAGACAAGACAGGGGACAAGCCAGACGUCAGUCUGACCUCGUCUACGGCAGCCAAUGGGAAAGGAGAACCAGUGGUCAACGGCAAGAUUGGUGUGCCCAAUGGAGAAAUCGCGCACGGUCCCGAACAAUCUGAGUCAGAGUCCCCACUAGACUCGCCCACCUCCCCGCCCCCCGACUCCGUCAAGGACAGCACAGCAAGCAAGAGAGACAGCGGCAGCAACAGGGGCCCCACGCCCGCCUCAUCAUCUGCAUCAACAGCAACAGCAACAGCAACAACGACAGCAUCAGUACCACAACGACAACCCCACGGGAAGGGCAGAGGACAUCAUGACUCCCACCACUCCCAUCACCACCACGGCAACGCUCGGGAGAGAACGACCAGUGAGAUGAGCACGGGGUCAGGCUACGGGGAUGGACACAGGCGGCCAUUCCAAGGACUAGAGAAAGCUUUCAAGGACUUGCAGCGACAGACGACCUCCCUCGAGCGACUGCGACACCUCCUUGACCACGAGAUUGACCGCUCCUACAAGAGUGUCAAGUCUGUCUUUGAGGAGCUGCGGAAAGGGUUGAGUGACCGUGAGUCGCAGCUAGUUGCAGAGAUGGAUCUGUUGAAGAAAGAGGCUUCGGACAUGUUGGAGAUGCGACAACACCGGGCCAGUGACCUCAAGCGUCAGUGUGAGAGGUCAGAGCAGCUCAAGGAGGCAGAGGUCAACGAACUACGGGCAGACAUUAAGCAUUUUGUCAUAGAGCGUCGCCAUGACGAAGAACUAGGCCGCACCACAAGGUUCCUGUUUGAUUCAGAUCUCCUCCUUGGGGAAAUACAAAAGUUUGGUGAAGUGGUUCACGUCAAGUCCUUGUAUACAGCCCGGAGACCGUCAGCGUCGUCGGUGGCCAGCAGCGUCAGCCAUGACGAAAACCACGAGGAUGACCUGUCUCAGUCGUGGGAAGUGACCGAGCUACAAGACAGACUGCGCACAUCCCUCAAGCUGCAGAGUUCAACAUCAGAUCGCUCACCCCCCUCUCGGAAUGGACCUUCAGAUGGAGAUUUCAUUCCCAGUCGCUCGUAUCGUAACCGCCAGCCCAAUGGGGGCAUCCCAGCCAAACAGUCAGACCCGGCCCGGGGCCCCAGACAGAGUGGAAAACCUGGGCCAGGAUCACCAGUCCGACCUGUCUCUUCGUCUGCCAGCUCAUCGACCCGCAGCGACCGGCCGUCCAGCGGCGCCACUGGGAGCCCAGGCAGGGGAGGUCGGGGUCGAGGUCGGGGGCGGGGAGGUCGCGGCGGAGGUCAAGGUCGGGGCAGGGGACAGGGUGGAGAGCGGCCGCCCUCUUCCGCGAGUAGUCAGCGUCCGUCGUCGGGCAGCGGGAGCCAGCCGCGGAGCAGCCAGCAAGCCAGAGUUGUGGUGUCGGCCAUCAGUGACUGACCGUCCAUGGAGCUCACCGCCGCUGCCCCCUGGCAUGGUCAGACGAAUUGUUGGGAGGAACAAAAUAAUGAUGAUGAUGAUGAUGUCAACAUAAUAGUGUUGACAGCGUGUGAUGACAAUGACAAUGCAAAUAUUUGUGGGAGAGCAGUUCUUGCUGAGAUUUUUGCCAUGCGUGAGUGAGAUCAUCUGUUAGAAUGUGUUGCUGGAGAACUUUUCCUGUGUCUUGAUGAUAAAUCGAUACUUUCUCUCCUCCAACACUACUUCAGCAGAUGCAGUGGGG